AUGGCGCUUGUCUAUAGUCCAGAGGUGCCUUCAGGGAAAACGACUCCUCAGAAUGCGCCUCCUUCACCUACCCUCACCAACCCGGAUAUGAUACUACCGCGGUCCUACACCAGCUUUUCAAGCCCAUCGCCAGACAGACUCAUUGCGUCGUCGCCUAUCUUGCGCCAUGCCGACUUCACACUGCCCCCAGAAUUGUCGUCGAGCCCUCCCGAACCGCGCCCUGAUAUAGGCGGCACGACCACGGCCAAGAUGCGUGCUAAACCUGUUGCGCCUUCAAGUCAAUACUCAGCCUUCUCCGGGUACGAGCAUGGCGCACCGCUCAGCGAUAUUGGCGAGGAAGAGACUAUUGCUUCUCAAGCUACGCCCAGGUCAAAAUUCACCAGACAGAGCAGAAGUCCAUCUCCUGUUGAGCCACUCUCGCCAAUACCAAAUGCCAUAUCCAACGCCGACGAAACACCACGCGAGCGGCGGCAAAGCGAUGCGGCUUCGAGUGACGGGUCUGACAUUGGCGACUGGGAGAACUUUGACUCCUCAAAGAUGAUGAGUGGACGUUUAGCUGCAGAUGUUGCGAAACAGGAAGAAAAGGAAGCACUGUCAAGCAAGCGAAACAGUACCGUCAGUAUCAUCGAUCGCGACGAGAUGGCCAUCUUGAACGACAAAGCAGAAGAGAUUCUAGCCAAUGCGCGGAAAAGGUUGACGCAUAUGGAGGACAACCUGAGUAAAGCCCGGCAUUCAACGCUCUGGAGUCCGCGUUCAUCACCAAACAUUUCAGAAUAUCAUCAACAACCCGCUGGCAGUUUGUACCGCUCUAUCUCUCUAGCUGGAGCCAAUAAGCGAUACUCGCGUCCCGUCAUUUCGACCAGCUCUCCAUCCCAUAUACGAGGCUCAAGCGACACAACCCCUACCGGAUUGAAGAGACUUUCCAUGAUCCCUGAAGCAAGAGCCUCAAGUGCGCAGGAGUAUGGAAGUAAACCCGAAUCUCCGUACAGUCGACCUUCUGCUGCCGCAAGAUUGACCGCACAAUCGCCAUCUAGCAGCCAGAGCAUUAGUUCACCUAUGCGAGCUCUAGAGGAGGAGGAAGAUGACGAACAAAGAAGCCCAAGCACAUCAAAAACAUCUCCCGAGACUUCACAGCCACGGGGGCUUGGAAUUGACACUGGCAACAGGGACCACAAAGAACAUGUUCGUUCAGCAGUUUCGCCUACAUUGGCGCGAUCGGCAUCUGUCAACUCUCUAAGCCGUCCAGAAUCUGCUGCUUCUACUCGAUCGAUCCGUGAGUCGAUGUCAGAUCUUCGUCUCCGUAUCAGUGACAUCAAAGCCAAAGCACAGGCUGACAGGGAACGGCGUUCUCACAACAGGAACACGCCCAGUCCCUUUACGAAUGCCAACCCGGAGAACUGGUAUACCUCAUCACCAGAGUACAAGCAAGGCGGAAGUCCGAUAAAUGCCAACGCUGGACAGGGCUGGUCUCCUCAUCACACCCGCGAAAACAGCCUCGAUGCGCAAGUUACUCCUCAACCUCCGAGAGUGGCGGAUCUAUUGCAGCCUGAAACACCACAGACGAUUCUUCCACUGACACCCGGUGGGAGGACCGAUCAGAACACGCCGAAUUUGCGUCAAACCUCGCUCAAACCGAUCCCCGAAGCCCACGACUCGGUCCUGGAGCAAUCGCAGUACGAGGAUGCCAUCCAAAACUUUGACGACGACGAGCCAAUCGCAGCUUCCGAGGAGGAGCAGAUCUAUCUGAAUGAGAUGCUGGAAGAAAGUCUGCAUGACGUUGAAUCUAACGAAGCUGAUCUGACAGAGCACAUGCUUGUCGAUUCAUCAGCUGAGCGGCACGAAGAUCGGCUGGAUGCAUUUGACUACGAAAAUAUGUUCCUACACAGCGCCAUGGGUAAUUACAGAGGCAGAGAAGGCGAGGAGACUGACAGCGAUACUGCGAGCGUGGAAACAAGUCGGGCUGACCAGUCAACUCCCACCGCCGGCCAGUACUCAGACCUGGACGAGAAACAGCAGGCGGAGUCUGACAACGACGCUGAAGAUGAUGAGGAAGGUACAGAAGUUGCCUCGCUUCCUACACCCAAAGCCCUGGAAGCGCCGGCGAAACCUUGGCUCAACGACUCAAUGCGAAGCAACAGCGUCAUGUCUGUUUCGACGCAGGCUUCUUUCGCCACGGCGACCGAAGGUGAUUCGAACGGACUGUCUGACGAUGAAGAAGAUGACGAGCCACCGCGCGAGAUUUUGAACUGGGGUAAUAACGUCCACGGGUUUCCCACACCACCCUUGACCAGUCCCAGACGAGAGACAGGCCCGGGCAACACUUUCCAGUUCCCUACACGCACAACGGCACCGCUUUCUCCACCGCAGCAGCAGCGAAGUGGUCCUGUGACCUUGCAGGAGGCGCCGGUCCUACAUGUGGUGACUGGCAAUGGUCAACACCAUACCGGCAUCCCCACGCCUCCUGUACGUUCACCGGCGAAUUCAGUAUCCAGCCGCUCUGUUCGAUCUCCCCGCUCCUUGCGCAGCGGGCAGCCCACACCUGGCUCUCCGUCUGAAGCACCGUCUGAUCACCCCGCCAAUACGGAGAUACUCAUGGAAUCGCUGAUCAAGCUGGCCGACCCGGAUUUCAAGGCGGAGCCUCCAUCAUCAGUCGCUAGUCCGGCCUCUGGCAAGGUAUCCUCACCGGCUCUAAGCAUGCGAUCAGGAGUCUUUGCGGAAGUCGACAAAGAACUGGUACUGGCGUUGCUGAGAGAAGUAGGCCAGGUAUGCAAUGGCGUAUUGAAAGCAGAGAAAAGGCGACAGGGCGAUCAGGUCAAGGCCCUCAGAGAAAGACUGGAUGCUGCAAGGCAGGUGCUCGAGGGGAACAACGAACAGCAGCAGCAGUGA